AUGCCAGCUCCUGCUUGGGCAGCACGAGCUUCGGACGAGGAUGACGAGGGCUUCGAUGUCCGCAUCAUUGCCGUGCUGGCCUUGCCCCUGUUCGCCAUCUCCUGGGCCCUCUUCAACGUGUGGCGUGUGGCAUUCCGCCAGGUGGUGCGCCAGGGCGAGAACGCCAAGGGCAACGCUCUUUGA